AUGCCAAAAGAAAAACAAAAAUCUAGAAGUGAAAGACCAUUAAUUUAUGAGAUACCAAAAAAAAUGGCAUUAAAUAAUAAUAAUAAUGUUAAUAAUAAUAAUAGUGUUAACAACAACAGGGCAGAAUUUACUUCUGAAAAAUUCGAAUUUGAUAGUAGAAAACCUCAAGAAUUUAAUCCAAAAAUAAAUGAAUCUGUAAUCUUAAAAUCCUUCUUGAAUAAUAUUGAUACAAAUAUAACUUCAGUAAUUAUAAAUAAAAAUAUAGAAAAUCUUAGGGAAGUUUAUAAUACCCUAGUAAAUUUAAAUCUUUUUCGAGAUAAAAAUAGUAAUAACAUUACUAAAUAUGAUAAUCACUUUCUUCUUCUUCUUCUUCUUCGUGUUUUAGGCUACUAG